GCCUCCCGUGAGCCCCCAAUCCAAAAAACGAACAAAUCCCCGCCUCCUCCCUCGUCCCCAUCUCCGGCCUCCGCUCGCCCACGCCCACCUCCCCUCAUGUGGCUGCCCUGGGUGAAGACGCGCCCUUCGUCCGCCACCUCCACCUCUCCCACAUCCACCGCGCUCGUAGCCGCCGCCGCCGCCGCCUCCCCGCGCCUGUCCUUCUCCUCGCCCUCCCUCAAGGACCUCCAGGCGCUGCUGCUGUCUGACGCAGCCACGCCCUCCCCGCCGCCCGCCGCGCCCUGCUCCCCCUCCUCCCGCGUCCGCGUCUUCCACCGGGUCCGCGUCGCCGCCUCGGCCCUCCGCGCGCUCCGCACCCUCCAGGCGCCGCCGCCCGCCGGCGCCACCUCCUCCGAGGCCGCCGAACGCCGCGUCGUGCUCUACUUCACCUCGCUCCACGUGGUUCGCGGCACGUACGAGGACUGCCGGGCCGUGCGCGCCAUCCUGCGCGGGCUCCGCGUCGCCGUCGACGAGCGGGACCUCGCCAUGGACCCGCGCUACCUCCCCGAGCUCGCGGCGCUCCUCCCGCGCCUCGCGUCCCCGCGGCGCGCCACGCUGCCCCAGGUAUUCGUCGGGGGCCGCCACCUCGGCGGCGCCGACGAGGUCCGGCGCCUCCACGAGGCCGGCGAGCUCCGCCGCGUCGUGGCCGGCGCCGGCGCCGCCUCCCUCGCCGCCUGCGGCCGGUGCGGCGGCGAGCAGUACGUGCUCUGCGGCAGCUGCGACGGCAGCCACAAGCGGUACAGCGCCAAGGGCGGCGGCGGCUUCCGCGCCUGCGCCGGCUGCAACGAGAAUGGCCUCGUCCGAUGCCCCGUCUGCUCGCCGCCGGACGUCUGACGCUCCAGAUCCGAGAGGCCACGACCUGAUAACUGUUAGAUGUUUUCCUUCACCUUUUAGUUCCAAACUUGAGAUGAUAAGAAAUGAGCCGUGUGUGUAAUUGUUAAUCUUUAAUUGGCACCUACUAGCUAGUUUUAAUUUGUUGCUAA